AUGCCUCCCAAAAAAAGACACUGCCAAUCCCACAAAACUCCGCUGCUAUUCCACCAGCAACCACUGGAGGGCCCCAAACAUCACUAUGGAGCUCCACAGAGGCCCAUCACGCACACUGGACAGGUGCCCAGCAAGCCUAUUAACCGUAGCACCAUCACUUCUUGGGUAACACCUCAGUUUGAUACAACUGUAGAAAGUUGUUUCCCAGCCCACCGGAAACAUCAUCACCAAGACCAGGCAAGACAUUCAAGCCGAAAAUCUACCUGCAAGUUUCCGUGUCUAACAUUUGAGAGUCCGCAGAUAUCUUCCAGUUCAGAGACACUGGGGAUCCCCGAAGUAACAGGGUGCCCCAAUCAAUCAGAAAAGGACAUUUCUAGAAAGCCCUUAAUUCCAGUGCUCAGUCCCCAAAGCUGUGGGGAACUGUCAGUACAUGCACUUCACAGCUUUCCUUAUCUGUUUAUUCCACCUGAUAUUCAGACCCCAGAGUCAUCUUCUUUGAAGGAGGACUCCAUUUCCUCAGAUCAGAGGGAAAACAGCCUUGAAAGCUGUAUCCUUCACACUAGUACUCCUACCAGCCCAGAACCUGGACCUAUUCUGGUUAAAGACACCCCUGAGGAGAAGUAUGGGAUAAAGGUCACGUGGAGGAGACGAAGACACCUGUUGGCUUACCUCAGAGAAAGAGGGAAGCUGAGCAGAAGCCAGUUCCUUGUGAAAAGCUGACUGUAUUUGUUGGACAUCAUUCUCUCUCAUCAGCAGUCUCAAAAAUUGCUAAUUUUUGUAACAUUGAUAAAGUCAUUUUUCUGACUCUAAGAGACUUUCUUGAAAGAAUAAAAUAAAAAUAGUACCAACAGGAAAACAUUUUAACUAGAGCCCUAGAGUUGCAAGGGAAUUCAGUUGCCAGAUUGGCUUUUAAUAUUUCAUAAAUAGGGGGCUAGAGUUGUAGCUCAGUGGUACUGUGCUUGCCUGGCAUGUGUGAGCCACUAGGUUCGAUUCUCAGCACCUCAUAAAUAGAUAAAAUAAAGGUCCAUCAACAACUAAAAUAUGUACAUAUUGAAAAAAUAUUUCAUAAACAGUUAAAUUUAAUGACAUGAACUGUUCAUAUUUUUCUUGUUUAAUUUUUUAAAAUAUCUUGCAGUAACUUUAAAAUGUAUGUAAACAAAGGGCUACAGAAAGUUCUUAGAAAAUUUUGCUUCUGUUAGUAUUGUAGCAAUAUUGCCUAUCCACAAAAAGUCAUUUCCUUUAACUAUUAUCAUUAAUCCUUUAAUUGUCUCAUUUAAACUAAUUAAUUCCACUAUUACUCAAUGUGGGGAUUUUUUUUUUUUUCAUGCUAGGUUAGCACUACCACCUAGCUACUACAACCCCAGCCCUUCCCACAAUUUUGAGUACUAACUCUGAGGCUCAGCGGCAGCUUCCUCUAAGACCUAAUGGAUGCAAAAAAUCAAGGCAAACUCAUCAGACUUUUUAUGAUUGACUGCCACCUUUCCAACUUUGGCUUAUCCGAAAAGGCAAGAUGAAAUGGAGCAAGCCCUAUUUUAAGGAAUACAGUGGGAUGAGGGAUCACAGACUAGUCACUUAUGUUUGCUUCUGUUUUGAAUUUUUGUUUCCAACUGAAGAAAUUUGUAAAUAUUAAAUAGGGUGGGGAAAAUGGUUUCUUAUACUAAGGAUUUAAACUGUAAAUAAAUAUGGAACAUUUUUC